AUCCUCAUGAUAUAAUUGUGACCAAAAAACAUCCUUCUAGUAUCCCAAAACUUGCAUAAGCAUCCUUCUGUUAACUACUGUUAAAAACUAACAGAAAGAAAAACAUGUGCCAAGCACAUGACUUCCCCAAAUCCCCAUACAUUGUACUAUUGAUUUCCUCCCAAAUCCUGCCCGAUCAGCUUCCAAAAACAAAAUUUCAUCUUCUUCUGAACUUAAGCAACUAGACAAGUUCUUUUUCAACAGAAGAACUGAAGCUGGGGUUAUUUUCUAUCUCCUCUUUCCUUGCCUCACAAACAAGGUAAACAAAAUAGUCAUUGAAGAAGUUUUGGUUUUACCAUUACUGUAGUAUAUUUUUUAUUUCUCAAACUAAACAUCGUUUUCAUUCUCAAUAACAUCAGAUUUUGUAGGUUGAAAAACAAGAAACAAUACGAAGAAUGUUGGCUCGAAGAUUAACUGACAGAUCUGUCACACCCAACUAUGAUCCUAUUUCUGAGGCAUCCCUUUUCACAAUUAAAGUACAUCAUGGCGGAUCAUUUGUGCGUGGUCCGACAAGAGGCUACAUAGGUGGGAAAGUUGUAUUUUUUGACUAUGUAAACAGAACAAUGAUAAGCUUAUCAGAUUUUAAAAAUAUGGCCGAACAAUGUGGUUAUGACAAGGAGUCUGUGGUGUUCUGGCACAAGUAUGGUUUAACCCUUUAUAAGGUUCGGUUAGUUGGUAGCAACAUUGAAGUAGCUAAAUUUGCUACUUGCAUUCCAAAGGAUAGAGUGAUUGAGAUAUAUUUUGAACAUUUGAAUUUCUAUCAUGAUGAUCAUCAACAUUGCGAGAAGACGGGAAUGGAUUCUUUGCCAACAAGUGAUACAGAAGCAAAUAGUGAUGAUUCUCAUGAUGAUGAUUUUGAAGAUUUUGAUUAUUCAUUAGAGGAAGAUGAUAUAUUAUUUUCUAAAUAUAUUGAUCCUUCUGCUGAAUCUUUUGGGAUCAAUAUAAAUCAGAGACAUGAGAAAAAUGAUGUAAAUCAAGAUUAUGUAAAUGAAAAGAUGCAGAAUGUGGAAGGUGAUUCAGAUUGUGUAGAUUCUGAUGAUACAGGGAGUUUAAAUAGUGAUUGCAAUUCUGAAAAUGAAGAUUCUAACUUUCCGAAGCACAAUCCAAAAACGGAUGCCCUUAAUCCCAAAUUGGAGUUGGGACUGAUAUUCGGUAACAAGAAAGAAUUCAAAGAAGCUGUGAUUGCAAAUCAAGCCAAAAUAGGAAAGUCAAUUGAGUGGAUCAAAGAUGACAGAAGAAGAGCAAGGGCCAAAUGUAGGAAAAAUGGAUGUAACUGGAGGAUAUUGGGUUCAUCGAUGCAAAGGGACACAUCUUUUCAAAUAAAGACGUUUGUCCCCAACCAUACUUGUUUUGGGUGGAAUUAUAACAACAAAAAUAUCACUUCCAGUUGGAUUGCAAGGAGGUAUGUUGAUAGAGUUAGAUCAAAUAAGAAUUGGAAAACAUCAGAAUUUAGAGAUACAUUGAGUAGGGAAUUACGGCUACAUGUAAGUAUGCAUCAAGCAAGAAGGGCAAAGGAAAAAGCUAUUGCAAUGAUCGAUGGAGAUAUAAACGUUCAGUUUAGUAUAUUAUGGAAUUAUUGCAAUGAAAUUGUUCGAACCAAUCUUGGGACUUCCGUUUUCCUGAAAGUAACUCCAAAUGAGAUACCUAACAAGUUGAUGAGAUUUCAAAGGUUUUAUAUUUGUUUUGCAGCAUGUAAAGUAGGAUUCAAGGCUGGUUGUAGGAAGAUUGUUGGGGUCGAUGGGUGUUGGCUGAAGGCCACCAUGUAUGGGGCACAGUUAUUAUCAGCGGUUACUUUGGAUGGAAAUAACAACAUCUUUCCAAUAGCUUAUGCAAUAGUUGAGAAGGAAAAUAAGGAAACAUGGUGUUGGUUUUUAACAUAUUUAAUGAACGACCUUGAAAUUGAAGAGCAAUACCUGUGGACUUUUAUGUCAGAUAAGCAAAAGGGACUUCUUGAAGCUUUUGAAUUAGUGUUGCCUGAUGUUUCUCAUAGAUUUUGUGUGCGACACUUGCAUAACAAUUUCAAGAAAGCUGGGUUCUGUGGAAUGGCAUUAAAAAAUGCUCUUUGGAAGGCAGCUUUAGCAACAACUGUUGACAGGUUUGAUGCUUCUAUGGCUGAUUUGUUUGAGUUAGAUAGAGAUGCUUAUGCAUGGCUUUCUACGAAAUUGCCUAGUGAAUGGUCAAGAUCACAUUUCUCUCCGCUUCCGAAGUGUGACAUUCUUUUGAACAAUCAAUGUGAGGUGUUUAAUAAGUUUAUUCUUGAUGCGAGAGAUAAACCAAUUAUUAAACUUUUGGAAACCAUUAGGCAUUUGCUCAUGACAAGAAUUAACUCAAAUAGGGAGAAAGCUGAAAAGUGGAAUUUGGGUGAUAUUUGUCCUACUAUUAAGAAGAAGUUGACAAAAAUUAUGGAGGAUGCUGCCACUUAUAUUCCUAAAAAGUCGAAUAUGUGGAACUAUGAAGUGAUUGGACCUGUUGAAGGUGAUACUUGGGCUGUUGAUUUAUAUAACAGGACAUGUAGUUGUAGGCAAUGGGAACUUUCGGGUAUCCCUUGUAAGCAUGCUAUAUCAUCUAUUUGGUUGAAAAAUGAUGAAGUUUUAAACUAUGUCGAUGAUUGUUACAAGGUCGAGACAUAUCAAAAAAUUUAUGAAGUUCCAAUAUUGCCUAUGAAUGGUCCUGAUUUAUGGCCGAAGUCACAGAAUCCUCCACUAUUACCACCUUUAUACUUGAAAAAGACAAAGAAAGGGAAGAAACAAAAACUAAGAAAGAAAGAAGAUGAUGAAUCGGGAGCUAGCAGGAUGAAGUUAAAAAGGAAACAAAAAUCAGUUCAUUGUAAGAAAUGUGGUAGGCCUGGCCAUAAUAGUAGAACUUGCACUCCUUCAUCUGAUGCCGUUGAAAUUCAUCCAUCGGACCAUCCUUGUAGUUUGGACUCCAUCAUGAUCGAGAGAGCAUCAAGUUAUCAUAAUGUGGAAAAGCUACCUGUUAGAAAAGGCAAAUCUCAAGUCGGCCAUCAAAGUUACAUUUUCCAGACAUCUCAAAAUGGCAGGAACGAUUGAAGAAAUUACUUCUUUUUUAUUUAUUGAGUUAUUUUUGUUCUUGUAUAUCAAACUGAUGAUAUGCUACUGGUUUUUGCUGUUCAUUUACUUAUUCUGUUAAUUUAAUGGUACUAGACUCUGUUUCUACUUA